UGCUUUACCGUAGGGAACCUGGGCACGUGUUGAGAGUGUGGGUGCAUCCACGUCAACGUUCAACGCUCCGCUGUUUUCAAGAUGUACUGCUGCCAGCUUGACUCCUCGACCGCUCUCUUCGAGAGUCGAGACUCUAUACCCACAAAAAAAAAACCGACUAUCUAGAUUAGCAACAAAUGACACUCCUACAUGGAAACUCCGACCCUUAGCACUCAAAUUUCCACGAUGCCGUUCUUAACCGUGAAAAGACUUCCACGAAUAUAAUCAACUGAAGGGGUGGUCGGGCAUGAAAGGGGAUGCAAAAGUUUUCCACCCCCCCGCAAACAUGUCGACUACCACUACCACACACUCUGGCUCCGUGACCGGAAUCAAACACCACCGAAUCAACAAAGACGACGCGGUGCUUCUCAUCGUCGACCACCAAAUCGGGCUUUUCGAACUCGUAAAAGAUUACGGACCAGUCGAAUUCAAGAACUCCGUCCUCGCUCAUGCGGCUCUCGGGAAAGUGUUUGGUCUUCCGACUGUUAUGACUACCAGUACAGAAGAUGGCCCCAACGGACCGAUGCUCCAAGAAAUCCUAGACAUGUACCCACCCAACUCGACACCUCUCAUCAAACGCCAGGGAGAAGUAAACGCUUGGGAUAACGAAGAGUUUCGUAAAGCCGUCAAAGAUACAGGAAAAAAACAAGUCAUCCUCGCUGGGAUCGUUACAGACGUAUGCACCACCUUCCUAGCUCUCUCCCUCAUCCAAGAUGGGUACGAAGUAUUCGCCAACAGCGAAGCCUCGGGUACAUCCACCAGACGUAUCGCAGACGAAGCAAACGACCGUAUGAGAGCGGCAGGAGUGAAUGUCAUGUCUAUGUUUGCGGUGGCGACGGAUCUGAUGAGGGAUUGGAGACAUACACCUGGGUAUCCAGAGUUGAGUCCGUAUUUUGAUAAAUACUUCCCGGUAUAUGGAUUGGUUGAACGUAACUUCAAAUCUGCCGCCUCUAAGAAGUAAGAAGGAAGAAGGAAGAAAGGGGUCGGAUGUAGGACCGCUUGGGGUCCGCAACAAAAAAAUCGUUGUAAUCUAAAUCAUUGCGCCUGCGAAAUAUCAUAUCGCUCGUUGAGCC